AUGGGUGGAAGAUAUAAGAGUGUGAAUGUGGUGGAUGCCAAGUUUGAUGCAAUGUACAAAGAAGAGGUUCAAUUUCUAGCAAAUCAACUGAGGGUUUCUCGUCUAACCAAUCCAAGGCCGGGCGAGAAUCAAGUGUCGACAAAGAAACUUGAGGCCCAAAUGGGCCAAAUUUCAGCACACUUGAACCCGAGGCCUAAGGGUGGUCUCCCUAGUGAUACAGUGGCUAAUAUAAAGAACGAUAAUGCACAAUGUAUAGCUAUAUUAACUCGGAGUAGAAAGGUUGUAAGAAAUGAGACACCCAAUGAUGAAGCAGCUAGCUCAAGCAAGGGGAAGGCCAUUGUUUUUGAAAGUGAUGAAUUAGACAAAGAGCUAAACAAUGAAAUAUCUGAUAAAGUGAAUGACACACUAAUGGUUGUUGAGUUCACUGGGGUUCAAAAUUCUAAUGUGGGAUUAACUCCACUGAUGGUUCCUACAAAGUCACUUCCCAUGAGUAGCACGGAUUUUGAGACUAUCAACAUGUCUCAUUAUUUUAGCGCUAUCAUGUCAAGUAAUGUUGUGGUAAAGAAGGAUGAUCCUGGGGCAUUUACUAUUCUGUGCACCAUUAGGUUGUAUCAAUUUGCUAAAGAACUUUGUGAUUUGGGUGCAAGUAUAAACUUGAUGCCAUAUGCCAUAUUCAAGCAACUUGGUUUGGGUGAGCCCAAUCAAACCACAAUGCGGCUCCUUAUGUCCGACCAUUCUAUUAAACAUUCCAUCGACAUCCUCUACGACAUUUUGGUGAAAGUUGAUAAGUUUAUCUUUUUGGCUGAUUUUGUAAUCCUUUAUUAUGAGAUCAACACUGAGGUCCAUAUUAUUCUUGGUAGGCCUUUCUUGGCUAUCAGUAGAGCCCUUGUUGAUGUGGAAAGCAGUGACUUGAAGUUUCAAGUCAAUGGUGAAGAAGUAACUUUUAAUGUUUGUAAGUAUAUGAAUCAACCAAAUGACCUUCAUUUGAUAUCGGUCAUUGAUGUAAUUGAUAAGGGUGUUGUGAGUGUGCAUGAGAUUUCUAGUAUCCGAGAAUCAUUGGCUGCAGUAUUGUUGAAUUUUGAUAAGGAAGAGAUUCCUGAUUAUGAUGAGGGUGUUGUUGUUCUCUCAGGUAUUGUGUCUUAUCCCAAGAAUUCUGUAAAGCUAGAUAUCGAUUUGAAGAAUAGAGACACUCCACCCACAAUAACUUCCAUUGAUGAGACACUAAAGCUCGAGUUAAAGGUACUCCCUUACCAUAUUUGA